UCUUUCUCUGCUUGUGACUGGUGGUUUUACCCACAGUACUGGGAGACAAUUACCUCUUCUCACCCAUGCAGGAAUGUAAAGACCAUGCCACUUCAUUUAACAGGCAUGUUUCAGAAUCCCAGUCAAGGACACCAUAUACAUGAAAACAUACUUAUUUCCCUCCAUUUCUGCUCAGGGAGUUCACUCUGAUGUUACUUUGUUUUUCCACCUCUUUUUUCUAGCCUUCCUUUGAAAUUGCACUUUAUGUCCAAAGGAAAGUCAUUCUGCCCCCAGCAGAGAGGUAGUGCUAGAGGUCAGCGUCCAUGUCUGGUGGAAUUUGUGCAGCUACUUUGCCUAAAGGUCCCAACUUGAUUCACUUGGAGCGCAGGUGCCCUCCUGCUUGUCCGGCCUGGCCCCUCCACACUUCACAGGGUCCAAACCCUCUUGUUCAUUUUCCACUUGACUAGUGCAUUUUCCCCUCGCCCACAGGGCUGCUUUCUAUCUUCAGGCACUUUCUAGGGCCUUCAAUUAGCUCAUUUUUGCUGCCUCCAUCUGUACAACUGGCCCCAAACCUGGUAAGCACUAGGCUAGAACUGCUCAUUCACUAAGGGGCUGCAGCUCUUCUUCUGCUUAGCCAGAAACGCUGUAGACUUGUCAGUGGCAGCUGAAGGGCAGGGGUGGCUGCACUGGUGUCCCCAGCAGCAGGUCAGACAGGCUCCAGCCCAGAGGAGGGAAGGCAUCAAGCCGGUAGCAGGAGCACCACUCGCCCUGCUCCUCCACAGCUGCCCACACGGAGCAGGGCAGGGGCGAUCAGCACCGCUGCUUCAGCGGAAGCUCCUUCUGCCAGCUGGGGGCAGGACAUGAUGGGGAACUCUUCCCUGGAUAGUGCCUACCCCACCCCUUGCAGGUCUGCCCGGGCUGCCUGCUCUCGUGUGGCUACCACCGCCUUGACCCCAUGCACUGCUGCUGUGUGCCUGGCCCAGGGCGCUGUGCCAUGUUGUUGCACCUCCUCUUCCGCACGCCCCAGUCCGGGGGGGGUGGCGAGCGACGCAGAGGCUCGUGGGCUGCAAAAGAGCUGGAAACACCAGCGCCCUUCGCGCCUCAGUCCGAGAAGAGGCUACACGGCGGCCGAGCGCGCCUGCGCAGUACAACACAAGCCCAGGAAGGAAUCCCGCCCCUCCCUGUUGCCAUCUUAAGUGAGGGCAAGGCGGCACAGCAGGGAGGGGUCCCUGCCAGGCUUGGAAAAGAGUAAGGCGGCGUGUUUCCUUCCGCCGGAAGCACUUCUCUAGGCGCUCGGGAGGGCUGUACUCUAUGAUGCCAGUAGAGCGCAUGCGCUGGGGGUGAGGCCCGGGGCGGAGGGGGCCCGUUAGCGGUUGUAUCUCGCCUGGCGGCGCGUGGCCUCGGCCGGGGGCGGGGCAGGGCCUCAGAUGUGAAGGACAAGAGUGCGGGAGGAUGCUAAAAUAGUCCUGUCAAUGGAAAAAGUGUUGACAACUGCUUCCAUCAUUGUGGAAACAUGGAAAGAAAAUAUCCGUCCAGAGAGAGCUCCAGAAAGCUACUGGGUAAAAUGAUGGAGAUGAAGAAAUUAAGCCAUCAUUUCAAUAUGGCAGCAGCUGAAUCUGACAAGGACUCUGGAUUCUCAGAUGGGAGUUCUGAGUGCCUGGGCUCCAUGGAGCAAACUGACUCGGAGGAUAGGCUGAACACGUUUUGCUGGAAUUCAGAGGAUGGGCCCUGGCAGUGCCCUGUGACCACAAGCAAUUCCUUCCCUGCACUUUCUCCUAUGGUUGUAAUGAAAAAUGUGCUGGUCAAACAGGGAAGCAGUUCAUCGCAGCUUCAGUCUUGGACUGUCCAGCCAUCUUUUGAAGUGAUUCCAGCUCAGCCACAGCUAGUGUUUCUUCAUCCCCACAUUGCUCCUCCUGUUAAUCCUCACUUUGUUGGCAAAAAAAGGAAUGACUCCACUAAUUACCUGCCCAUCCUGAAUUCCUACACAAAAAUAGCACCACAUCCCUGCAAAAGGGAUCGUGACUUGGAAAGAGACGAGACCAGUAGGCAGAAACGGCUCUGUACAGAAGCACCCAAGAGAGAAACAUCUCCCUCUGUACAAAGUAACAGCAGCUUACCCUCUAGUCCCUGUGGCCAGUUAUUACUUGGCUUUAAGCCUGCUCAGGACUCUAAUCAGCAGAGCACUCCAGCUUCAGUGGCAGGUGGGAAAAUGUCAAGUAUGCCUAGUUUUCAGUGUGUUUCUACUGAUAAUCAGAAAGCCCCAGGUUUGACUCCCUUCCAGGCAUCAAAAUGCACUUCUCAUGAGAUUGAGAAUCCAGCACAGCAUCUGAUCCAGUCUGCAAUAUGCAGCCAGCCCUUGGCACCAGAGGAGCGGUGCACGACUCCUGAGCUAUUCUUGCAGCAGCAAAGUAAGUGCAGGCGCUUUCAGAAUACCUGGGUUGUACUGCGGAGGUCUGGAUUGUUGGAAAUCACCUUGAAAACCAAGGAGUUGAUUCAUCAGAACCAGGUGACCCAGAUCCAGCUGGACCGGCUGAAGCAGCAAACACAGCUGUUCAUGGAGGCAAUAAAGAACAAUGCUCCUCAGGCCUGGGAAGAGCUACAGGCAUCUCUAACUGGGUCUGAGAGAGUUAACAGCAGUCUUGAGUCCACCUAUCCCAGCAUGUAGUUCACAGCUAUUGUUCAAAUGAUUCCUGUGCCUCCUUAUUUCCAGUUUUCUAAGUCUGAGACUGCUUAACAGCUUAUAAAGCAACAUGUAAUUAACUAUGUCCACAAGGCCAAUUGUGAAACUGGCACAGUGUUGGAGUGGCUUUGAAAAAUAGGUCUUGCUGUUUCAUGUGAUUGGUAACUGUGCUCUUCAUUGGACCAGGGAAGCACAUAUGUGCUAAGAUGAUGCGUUCCCACUCUUGUGGUAAAAAGAGCCAUUUACAGUGUUCUAGUAAGUACCCUUCUUUUCAUCACAUCUCUGGGCAGCCAUUCAUAGAACAGAAUAGAGCCAUCCAUGGAGUUUCAUGGGAGCUGAUGGGGAGAAAAAAGUAGUUUUCAUGGGUAAUAUGGUAUCUCCAGAGUGGUGUUGGUACCCUAUCAGGUGGUGUGGCCUUUAGGUCAUAGCCACAUUUAACUAGUGGAGAUCUGCUUUCAUUGAAGUUGCAUUUAAUAUACAGCUUUGCUUGAACAAGGCAAUGAGAGCAUCUGCAAAAAUAAUAAGCAGUUCCAGGCAGGCCCUGUUAGUGUGCUUAUUUUGGGUUUGCUUUCUUUAAAACUGAGUUGGGUGAAAGUUAGAAAAUAAAAUAAAAAAGGGUUUGCAUUGAAAGUAAUUAUUUAAAAACCAUGUUUAUUCGCACUGCUUGUUAACAACUAACAGUUAUACUAAGCAGGUAGCUUUGGAUUUUCCACGUGUGUAAUGAUUUAAACCCUGACCCCUGUUACUUCAUUUAAAAAAAAAAAAAAAGUUAAUUUGCAGUGACUUUGUUGUAUGUAGUAUGAAGAUGAUGUUCCUCACCAGCCAGGAAUAAUCUGUCAAGACCUCAUUUGAUUUGUAUCUAUCCAAUUUAGGAGACUAGGGUUUUUUUGAGCUGUGAAAUCUUGCUAAGUUUAAAAAGGGCGGGUGGGGGGGAAGGUUGUAGUGGCCCCACAGUACAACAAGCCCUUGUUUCUCUUUUUUAAAAGAACCAUCAGGGAGUCUGUAAAAGAGAGAGGCUGCCAGCUUAGUUAACUCUUCCCCAGAAUCUGAUCGACCUGAUCUUGAACACUUUUAUUUAAAAAUGUUCAUGAUAGGAGCAGCGCCAUUAUUAAUCCUCUUGAAGUGCAUGCAUACACUCCGGUGUCAGCUGAGGCAAUAGACUGUGUCAAAGGUACACAAAAAUCUUCUUGCAAAAGCUGUUCUGUGGAUGUGUUUAUUUUUUAAUUUGAAAAGUUGUUCAGCUUCACACUGAACCAUUUUAUUAUGGGAUGCAUAAAAUAGAUAUGAUAUAUCCCUAUCAGGAAUAAAGUGAAUAUUCUGGUGGUGUUUUACAAUUGUGAGAUCAGAGUUCAGUGCCAUUUGGUUUGGAAAUACUUUUGAAGAAACUUGAAAUCCAGGUGAUCACUUCUCUUUGCAUCUCCUUUAUUUAUUUCAGUUUCUUCGUAACAUCUGAUGAAGUGGGCUGUUGCCUACAAGAUCUCAUGCAUCUCUGAACCAGUUAGUCUCUGAGGUACUACCUUGCUCUAUCUUCUACCUUUCCUUAAAAAGGAAGAUAAACACUUUUUCAGUCCAAAAUAAAGGGCUGGCCUCACACUAACUUCAGUAUCUUUAGGUGUUCAUUGUUCUGAUUGUCUCCGAAAUGAGUACUGCACUGGGCACUGAAGGGUGUUUCUGUAGCCUUCAAACAACAAAAGAUUUAGAGGAACUUUGGAAGCAGGGGAGGUUUUCUCCUUUUUAGCACAUUUCUUACUUAAUAGGAAUUGCACAUGUGCCUCAAGGGGAGAGGAAACCCAAGCCAAGCAUGGACUGGUCUUUUGACCUAGAGAGAUUUCCUAGCAGGCUCAGGAAGCCUUAGGGCCCUCUCAGGAUCCAGCUGAGUAAUAGCAGAUUAAGUGCAGCUUGUUUGGUGGUACCCUACCCACAAGCUUAAGCAGAAGAUGGAAUUUAAGGUCAUGCACAGGCCACCUUCUACCUUUGUCUGAAUAUAGUUUGCUCCUGUUACAAAUGAUGGUGUGUGAUUUGAGGCAGCAGGUUUGAAUAAGAGGGUGUAGAGGACAGGAUAGAUAUACACAUGCCAGACUAAACAUUGAGGGUAUAUUUCUGCUGCAUAAUACUGGCACUCAAGUUAGCUUGGUUACAAGGAGCAGUCUUGCUACGAUACUGUAUAGCUCUGUGCACCUAAUUUACCCUGAUGAGAAAUUGUGUAGCUUCCAAUCUCCUUAUCCAAAGCAGGGGGAAAAGGCUAUUUCUAUUGCUUUGAGUGAUGCAGAUGUAUUUGGCUUGAGGGAAAUAGCUAUGCGAGCCACCUCUAAUUAGUCCCUUUCUUUCUCUGGAAUCUUUGCCUUCCCCAUCUGAUGGCAUAGAGAGUCCCUAAGCUCAGACUCUAUUUUUUAAGCAACAGCUGUUCUAAAAAGUGACAUGAGGGGUCUAGAAUGAAUUACUGACACUCUAGAGAUGGAAGGAAGGAAGUUCAGUCCUGGUUGUCUGAAUGUGGGAGAAAUGUGAGCUGGUGGCUGGCACUACUUGCAACUCUCUAGAACAGAAAAUGUUUGCUGCUUCCCCAACAGUGUGUUUUCAAGGUGAGAGAAGUAAAACUGUCAUAGUCCACUCUACGGUGUGCACACUCUUCCCUGACAGUAUAGGUGCUGGGUGAGUGAGUACUCCAAGUUUGUGGACUCUUCUAUUGGUGGUGGUUUAAUUUAUAUAAAUAUAUUUUGUUUUUUUAAUAAAACUGUGAAUAAAUAAGAGCAGCUGCUUGGAAAUCUUACUGGGUAUCAGUCCAAACUUCUUAAACAAUAUUUGCUACAUUACAAAGAUCUACUUUAGAGCUGUUAUGUAGGCUUGGAGUUCCUUUGGAGCCACAUGCCCAGAUAAAGAUUUUCACUUAUGUAAAAUUAUUAUGCAACAUAUUGGAGGUCUCUAAUGCAAAUACAAUAAGUAUGAUAAAAUACAGUCAAAUCUCAAUAAAAUACGAAGUGUCAAUGAAACCUGGUCUUCUUGCUUUUCUCUUAGCUGCCUUUCUUCCUGGUUGUCUUGCUCAAGCUUUAUACAGCCAGGGCUUUUUCAGCGUAGCUGUAGCUUAAUAAAAUAGUUGGGCAUGGAGCUGUGGUGAGAGAACUUGCUGCUCUUAAUAGAUUAUUUUUAGAGCAGUGAUCCAUUCCACUCCUAAUCUGGAAAAUGGCUGGGCAGGAUUGAUCAGAAAUAUCAACCUCUUAAAUUAAACAGUUCUGUAGUUGUUGGAUUUUAAAUUGAACUGUUGAUUUCUGGAUUUUAAUUUGAACUGUUGAUCCAGCUGCAGCUUUGUUCUAACAAAUUAGAAUUCAAGAAAGAACUUCUGGACCCUAAGAUUAUCUAAGCAGCUUUCUGGGGUUCCUAUUAUGGGUGCUGACAACUAGUAGAUGUCACACAAAGAAAAGGCAGAUUGAUGGGUCAAGCAGACUUUGGCUUUCAUGUAAAGUUUUAAUAAUUCUUGAUCGUUUUGAACCUGUAAUUGCUUUUAUUGAGAGGGUUUUUUUAACUUUAACUGCAAUUGGAAUGUAAACAUUUUCUGUACCUUUAAGUGCAUUGCCAGCUCUGAAUACAGUAUGUAAAAACUUAGUUACAAAAUGUGACUUUUUUUGUAAAACUUUGCAGAAAUGGACUGUGAAAUAUGAACAAAAUAAAGUAUAUGCU